GUCGUCGAUGUGUCCCCCCUCGCAUUUUUUAACCAUACAAAUGCAAGGAAAACCUUUGAGGACUUGGCAUCGUUAUUGGAUAGAGGGACAGGGAGUGCAUACUGAUGAUGUGUUGAGUGCAAAAAGGGAGAAGAAGAGCGUACAAAAAAGAACGUCAUCGCCGAAGCCAUCUCCUACAUAAAGUUGACACCUCUACUUCAUCGUGGACACGACGUGGGUAAAACAAACAAAGAGCUGCUAAUAGUCCUACUUAUACUUUUUGAUAGGUACGUAGCAGUAGCUGUAGCAAAAUGUCCUUUUCCUCGUCAAGCAGAAGCGCCGGCACGGAAUCCCGAGCAGGAAUGCAGGCCCCAGAAGUCGCCGGCCACUCCGCACUGAGGAGAGCUCUAGCAGCUGCGCCGCUAAAGACGCCGCAGCAAGAGGAGAAGGGCAUUUUUGUUGCUCUGCUCGCGGAAAUACUAGAAUCAGCCGCCGGGCGCGGGCCACAACAACACGGCGAUAUUCCUGCCGCAUUUAAGUGUCCGCUUUCGCAAGAAAUCAUGUGGGAUCCCGUGCGGGCAGCCGACGGCUACUCCUACUCACGCAGUCAGCUGAAGCGGUAUUUCGAACAACAAGCUGCGGCUGGCGCAGCCCUUAUCUCACCUCUCACCCGGUCGCAGUUCCCGUCCACUGUAGUUGCUCCGAAUUUCGUGCUACGGGCCCAAAUCGACACGUUUUUUCGACGUCGUUACGGCCUCGAGUGGGUCGCUGGUCCCGGGCACGCGGCCCACUUGUGCGGACAUCGCCUGCUGCAGCUGCAGCACAAGGUCACGCAGUCCGAACAGACGAUCGCAGACUUGCAGCGAGUAGUGGACUGCCACUGCCAGUACGUAGCAAAGCUGCACAACAACCACGCAGCGCAAUUAGACACAGUGCUGGUGCGCGGUAGUGGCUGCACUAGCUUCCAGCCGUCCGGCACUUCUUCGGUGGAAACGAAGUCGACCGCGCAGGCAUCGACCAGCAAAGCCAUCGUACAGGAGCCGGCCCAGGACGAUGAUGGGUUAGCAGUGUAUGUCGAAAGGCGAAAGCUGCAAGAGGAAAACACGAACCUGAAAAAACAGCUGAAAGACGCGCGCGCGGUCUUCCCGCCGUCGAAUACGACACAGGACGGGCAAGCUGAAUUAAUCCAAAGGCUGCAGCUCCGCCUUGAACAGUUGGAAAGCGAGAGCAUUAAUAUGCGACGUGAGAAAGCGCACAUAGUGAAGGCGUUACAAGAGAGGAACACCAGAAUCCGGAACAGCGAGUCCCAGCUUACCACGCAGGUACAGAAGUUAAAAGACGAAAUGGAGGAAAACCUGCAGAGCUCUCGCCUUGAACAUGCGCACAACUUGAAGGCGCUGCAAGCGGAGAACAGUAAAAUCAGGAACAGCGAGUCGGAGCUUACCACACGGGUGCAGAAGCUAAAAGACGAAAACGAAAAGAACCUGCAGAGUGCGGUCGUCCCGCCGUCGAACAGGAACACGCAACUACAGGACGGGCAAGCUGAAUUAAUCAAGAGGCUGCAGCUCCGCCUUAGACUCUUGGAAAGCGAGGGCGUCAAGAUGCGACGCGAGAAUGCGCAAACUGUGAAGGCGUUGCAAGAGGAGAACAGCAAUUUCCGGAGGAGCGAGUUGGAGCUUACCACACAGGUGCAGAAGCUAAAACACGAAAACGAAAAGAACCUGCAGAGCUGUCUUGAGCGCAGCGGCCGCGAGAAGAAACUCCAAACGGAAAACAGCGAAUUACGGAAGGAGGUCGCCCGCGUCGUGAAGAUGGCAGACCAGGACAACGGCAGGCUGCGAGAGGAGCGAAAGGCGGCGAACACGGAGGUGGCGCGCCUGAAAAGUCUGGAACUUCAUUGGCAGCUGAGCGCGCAGCGAGUGGAAUCUGAGUGGCGGCUCCGCACGCUCCCGCUGAACACGCGCAUUGAGGACCAACAGAAGGAAAUCGCCAGACUGCGAACGUUGGACACCGUCCGGCGCAUCAAAACUUCGUAUCGGCAGGUCGCGGAAAACACCAGGCUUGAGGUGGUUGCCGCCACUGCCCGGGACGCGGCCGCUUUCGCAGCGCCUUCUGCAAGCACGACUGCGUCGACGGUCGAUCCCGAGGCUUUGUUUCCGAUGUUGGCAGAUUUCCGCUGUCCGAUUUUGCACGAUGUCAUGCAAGAUCCGGUGUGCACGAAGGACGGCCACACCUACGACCGAUCUGCCAUCUCGGAGUGGUUCAAGACUGGCAACAGAACUUCGCCGAUAACGGGCAAGGCACUGAUAUCCACAAAAUUGCGACCCAACCACGCGCUCAGGAAGGCGAUCGCGGCCUACGCUGCGGAACGCGCUGUCGCCGCCAACGAGGCGCACCGCGCAGCCUUGAAGACGGAGACGUGUCGUCAGUCGAUACGUUUUUUCUCGCACCGGGUAAGAAUUCUCGAAGCGGAAUGCGCGGCGCUACGGAGCAGAGGCAGCGCCAAAGAUGCGCAGAGCAAUGUUGUCGACCCGCACGCCUGCUCUCAGGGAGGACAACUACCAGAUGGCGUCCAUGUUGGAACAACCGAUGGUUAUGUGGAUGAAGCAGCAAGAACCGCGCUGGGGGCUGCUGUGCGCUUCGGCGAGGAUUCUCAUGAACAUGCUGCUACUAGUGCAGCCGGUGCUGCGGAAACCGGAGCUGGUACUAGCGCAGGAGGAGCAAGAGAUGAAGUAGAACCAGAUCCCAGCACGACCACGAAGAUGGCAAAUAAGAAAUGCGCUACUUGUUCUCAGCCCGCAUCAAGCAGCGCGUCUGCGAAUUUGCCGUCCUCGUCCACUUUCAUCGAGCAAAAGCAAGUUGUCGGCGACCACAUUACGUCUUCCGCUUCCAACGUGACAGAGCAUGACUUGCGGCUCGUCUCGCAAUCGCUGCGCUUGUUGUCUGCUUCACAGCAGGAGCGUGACGCGGAAAGCACCGCUGUGCCGCUGCACACGGUGUUAAAAACGGUGCGCGACGAGACGAGCAUGAGUAGCGUGAAGUUGGAGAGUGUGCUGACCAAAAUGGCAGCCCAGAAGCAAAUCUGGAUCCAAAAUGGGUUUGUCCACAUCUUGGAGGAAGAUGUGGGCGAAGGUAAUUGUGUUUCUGUUGCUGUUGCGACAGAACAUCAAGCGCGAUCAAGCAACAAGCGCGGAGUGCACCACAUCGACAGUGCUGUUGAGGAGCAGGGCCAGCAUAUCUCUCUGUCGCCUUCUCAUGUCGCAGACCGAGCUGCGAAGCGUCUGAAGACGUCUACGACCAGCAGUUUUUCUUGCGCCAGUGCUUCCAGCGCCGGGAAGAUGUCGUCUACUGUUGGACAAGAGCAGCGAUUACAACUGUCCACAGCAAGUAACUGUCUAGAACGGCUCGCCGAAACUAUUUCAACGAGUAGCAGCAGUGUGCUCCAGCCUACAACUCACACAGCAAUUAACAUGAUACCUUCGCUGCUUGACGCAGGGACCACUCGCCCUGCUCCUGAAGGCGCACGGAUAGCGACUGAUGAAGAAGUUGAAGAUGAGCUUGACACUCCAUGACCACUUUGGGACGAGGACGAUAACCUGGACCGGAUGGAUGGGCUGCCAGAAUUUUUGUGGAGGAGGAAUUCAAUCACAAUCGUGAAGGACGACGAGUUUUUUACUCGAGGACUGUACUAAGAGAUUUUGUUUUAACUUUAAUGAUUUUGCAGAACUGCAUUUGUGUUUGUGGUUACCGCAACGUCGAGCAGGAGCUCUUGAACUUCGUUUCGUUUUUGUUUCGCACUGACUUUCGUAAUAAAUCGGUAUAAAUAGUAGGCAAAUAGGCCGACAAAGAAACUAGAAAAAAGGUAUUGACCACUCCGGAUGAAAUGAAAUCAAAAAGUAGGCGCUCGAGCAGACCUGAAUUUUUGCCAAAUGAAUAUAGAUGAGCUCGACUGUAUCGUCUAGGCCUAGUUGUAGUUUGACCUCCAACCACCGGGAAAUCGGGAUCUGUUUGAGCUUUUGUUUUGCCUGUGUUUCACAUCUUUCGGCGAAAAGAAGGCAAAGCUUUUUGAGCCACUUAUGUAGAACUUCCUUAUCCUUGACAGUUGCAUCUACUAGUCUGAACUUAAGUGAGUAACUUAAACCUGGAAAUGAAUACUGAGCCGUAAACCCCCGCCAGUACCUAGAUCAAUGGAGGAAGAGGAUACCAGAGGCCAAUGGGAAUGAUAUGGUUUCCGUGCAGAUUCCGAGAGAGAAUAACUUUUUCUAUCUGAAGAUACGGAUUGGGAUUGUGAUACAUUUCUUGUUUCGAGGAAUCGAAUACGCAGAAU